CCCUGCCUCCAGCUCCACCAUCUCUCUUUCUCUCUCUCUCUCUGCUGUCUGCCGCUUUGUCUACGCAUCCAUGUGGGUUUCUCUCCUCUCCAGCCUCUCUCAGCCUCUCAGCCAUUGGCCUCACCGACACGUCAGUCCUCCGGUUUCACAACAAUAGCACCCCUCUCCGUCCACUCACUCACGGUGCUUUCGAGGAGCGACGGACAGGGUUGAAAUGUGCUUUCUGUUCAGCUUCACGUCGGCGAGGAGCGCUGAGAAGAAGCCUCUGCGAUGCACUCAACCAGGGAGAUAAAAUAAGAGAAAGGAGAGAGGAGAGAGAUGACUGACUGGUGACAAAGAAAACAGGGGAGCCCCUCUUACAUGCUCUUAUUUGGACACCUUUUUUUUUAUUAUCAUCUUUAUUAUAACCAUGCCUGUCCGGAGGGGUCAUGUUGCGCCACAAAACACUUUUUUGGGAGUAAUUAUAAGGAAAUUCGAAGGACAAAAUAAGAAAUUCGUCAUAGCCAAUGCCCGGGUGCAGAACUGCGCUAUCAUCUACUGUAAUGACGGCUUCUGCGAGAUGACGGGCUUCUCCCGGCCGGACGUCAUGCAGAGGCCGUGCACGUGCGACUUCCUUCACGGCGAGUUCACCACGCGGCACUCGCAGGCCCAGGUGGCCCAGGCGCUGCUGGGCUCGGAGGAGCGCAAGGUGGAGAUCACCUACCACCGCAAGGAUGGUUCAAACUUCUUGUGCGCCACCCAUAUCAUCCCUGUGAAGAACGAGGAGGGCGUGGUCAUGAUGUUCAUCCUCAACUUCGAUUACAUCCUGGAUGAAGGCAGCAGCGACUCGCUGGAGAGACUCAACCACACCUCGCCACCCAAAGCUGAGCAACGGAAAGGGAGAUUCUUUCGCUUCCGUUUCCCGGCCUUACCUCUCCUGGGCAUCAGCAAGCAGUCCCUGCCCCAGGAAGACCCCGACGCCGUCAUGGUGGACUCCCCCCGCCACAGCGACGGGUCGGUGGCGACGCGAGACUACCAGCUCCCCACCACCCGCGAGAGCUGCAGCCCCUCCUACGCCAACGACACCCGCGCCCUCAUCGGCCCCAGCCACUGCUCGACCCCCGUGUCCGGGCCUUUGGACCACUCGUCGCCCAAGGGCCCCUGGGACCGGACGUACCCGGACCAGACCGUCACCCAGACCCAACACCCGAGCAAAGAGGACACGCUCACCGCAGCUCCGUCAAUCCCGGGCCUCACUCCAACCGCCUCCAGAGAGAGCAUGUGCAGUAUUCGCAGAGCCUCCUCCGUACACGACAUGGAAGGAUUUGGGUGCAACUCCAAGAUGGCGUUCAGGGACAGACACGCCAGUGAAGACAAUGGUCGCAAUAUUAAAGUAUCUCGCUCCUGGAUGGCUGGGGGGCCCCUCAGCCAGAUCAGAUCCAGCCUGCUGGGCUCCACCUCCGACUCCAACCUCAACAGGUAUAGCACCAUCAACAAGAUUCCCCUCAUCACGCUCAACUUCUCUGAGGCCAACAAUGAGAAGAAGUGCCCCUCCCCUCCGUCCUCUGAGAAAACUAUCAUCGCCCCAAAGGUCAAAGACCGCACGCACAAUGUCACCGACAAGGUCACGCAGGUUCUUUCUCUUGGUGCAGACGUGCUGCCGGAGUAUAAGCUCCAAACACCACGUAUGGACAAGUGGACCAUCCUUCACUACAGUCCCUUCAAAGCCGUGUGGGACUGGCUGAUCCUGCUGCUGGUCAUCUACACCGCCAUUUUCACGCCCUACUCUGCUGCCUUCCUCCUCAACGACAUCGAGGAGCAGAGGAGGCGGGAGUGCGGCUACUCCUGCUCGCCCCUCAACGUGGUGGAUCUGAUGGUGGACAUCAUGUUCAUCGUGGACAUCCUCAUAAACUUCAGGACCACAUACGUCAACGCCAACGAGGAGGUGGUCAGCCACCCGGCCAAGAUCGCCAUCCACUACUUCAAAGGCUGGUUCCUCAUAGACAUGGUGGCCGCCAUCCCAUUCGACCUGCUCAUCUUUGGCUCAGGAUCAGAUGAGACCACCACUCUGAUCGGUCUGCUAAAGACGGCCCGUCUCUUACGGCUGGUACGAGUCGCCCGUAAGCUGGACCGGUAUUCAGAGUACGGUGCUGCCGUCCUCAUGCUGCUCAUGUGCAUCUUUGCCCUCAUCGCCCAUUGGUUGGCGUGCAUCUGGUACGCCAUUGGCAACGUGGAGAAGCCUUAUCUGGAGCAUAAGAUUGGCUGGCUGGACAACCUAGGGGUGUCGAUAGGAAAAAAAUACAACUACAGUGACCCCAGCUCAGGCCCCUCCAUCAAAGAUAAGUACGUCACAGCACUCUACUUCACCUUCAGCAGUUUGACCAGCGUGGGCUUUGGGAACGUCUCCCCCAACACCAACUCUGAGAAGAUCUUUUCCAUCUGCGUCAUGCUCAUUGGAUCUCUAAUGUACGCCAGCAUCUUCGGGAACGUGUCCGCCAUCAUCCAGAGGUUGUAUUCAGGUACAGCCAGGUAUCACCUCCAGAUGCUACGGGUCAAAGAAUUCAUCCGCUUCCACCAGAUCCCAAACCCACUGAGACAGAGGCUGGAGGAGUACUUCCAACACGCCUGGACGUACACCAACGGCAUCGACAUGAAUAUGGGUUUCCCAGAGUGCCUGCAGGCGGAUAUCUGCCUCCACCUCAACAAGAACCUCCUCGAGGGCUGUAACGCGUUCCAAGGAGCCACCAAGGGCUGCCUCCGGGCCCUGGCCAUGAGGUUCAAGACCACCCACGCACCCCCCGGAGACACCCUAGUCCACGGCGGAGACGUGCUCACCGCGCUCUACUUUGUCUCCCGCGGCUCCAUCGAAAUCCUCAAAGAUGACGUUGUAGUGGCCAUCCUGGGUAAGAACGACAUUUUUGGCGAGAUGAUCCACCUGUACACCAAGCCGGGGAAAUCGUGUGCAGACGUGCGGGCGCUGAGCUACUGUGACCUCCACACCAUCCAGAGGGAGGAGAUUCUGGAGGUGCUGGACAUGUAUCCAGAGUUCGCAGACAACUUCCUCACCAACCUGGAGCUGACCUUUGACCUCCGUGAUGAAAAGACGGGCUCACAAACAGCUGAUUCUACUACGGAUGACGUCGACUGUCGAAGACGAGUGUCCUACAAAAGGAAAACCUCCACAGCAGGCUCCCACAACAAGGAGCCAGCGGCCGCCUACUGCGACGCCAAGCAAGGGAGGCACAUGUACGCCGCCGAGGAGAGGAGGGAGUCCGCCGAGGAGGGGGAGGACGAGGAGGACGAGGAGGAGGAGGAAGGCAGGGAGGAGGAGGAGGAGCAGAGGCCCUUGUGUUCUGGCGUGCUGGGCUACCCGGUGGUUAGGGACCACGCCGUGGGCCUCGGGCAGAGCAGCGCCGCAGACGCACAGGCUGGAGACAACACGCAGAACCAGGCAUAUAAAGAGCUCCACGGAGACGAGUGGGUGCGUCAGCGUCCCGACGAGGGCGCCGAGGAGGCGGCCCAGUGUCAAGAGAUGCCGGCCGCGGAGGACGACAGCGACACGGACCUCACCUACGGAGAGGUGGAGCAACGGCUGGACCUGCUGCAGCAGCACCUCAACAGACUGGAGUCCCAGAUGACUUCAGACAUCCAGGCCAUCCUGCAGCUCCUCCAGAGGCAGACCACGUCGGGUCCACCCGCCUACAGCACCGUCACCUCCAGCCCCGAGUACCAGAGGCCGGCCAUCAGGGUCCAGCCGUCGUCCUCCAGCCAGACGGAACUCAGCCUGGCUCCUGCUCCUGCUCCGCCUCGGCCACAGAGCCCCGGCCCAGAAAAGGCCCAGAACCAAUCCAAAGAAUCCUCCCCAGUCCUCCUCCGCACAGAGACUCUUCCAGACGGGAACUUUGCUGGACUGCUCGAGAGCGACACGGACACAGAGCAGAGACACACACACAACGGCGUGGACUCUGUAGAGCAACGCCACAACCACAACCACAACCACCAACAACAACAACAACAACAACAGCCACCACCGAGGUUCCCGUCAGGCCGACAAGCCUCCCUACCUGAUGUCCCCAGCAGCUCAGGAACGUUGGGACUCCACAGGCCAGUUUCUGACCCGGGGCUUCCAGGAAAGUAGUCGUCCCAACGUCGACCGAAGAUCUUCUCUCAAGCUUGACUCAGGGUCUAAGAAAAGAGACUGUAUAUGCAAAAGGAAAACAAACUGUAGACUUUCUUCCAUUCCUUUUCGGAAACUCUCCCAGCCCCCGCCCUUCCAACUCUCUGAUUUAAAUGUAUAAAGUCAUUUAUACAGAGGUAUUUAUACACUAUAUUACUACCAUAUGUAAAGUCACCAUCUACCUACCGUGUACAUACUUCAAAUAGAACACUGCCAGCGACACGAGGCACCUACCUAUGUGCUUUUUUUAAAAAGAGAUAUGCAUGUUUUUGUUCCUCACGGUUUCUUUUCUUUUCCUGACGCAUGUUCCUCACACACGCACCGCAACCCACCAGGCAAUCAGGUGUGAUCUUGGCAUGCUUACAGACUACUGUAGCUAUCAAGUCUCAUUUUCUACGACUCGUCCCCUCCUCACGGGGGGACAAAGCUACUUGAAACUCUUUUCCGAGGCAUUUCUAUAUUCUGCGCCGCAGCUUUUAUCAGCAGCUCCGAAACCGGUCGUCGCAGUCACAAACUCACGAGGAGGUCCGUCUGUAUAUUUAGCGUGCCUACUGUUACACGACAUCGAAAUCUUAUUCCGCUCAAAAUAUUAAUAAUGUGUGUGUAGAGGCUGCGUGGACAUCCCAUAGCACAACAAGACUUUUGUCAGUCUUUGAGAGCAAUAACGAUGAAAAGAAUCUCGGUAUAUUUCUAGAGUUUAUAACACUCUGGAGAUGAUUUUAUAUGAACAAAGAAAAGAGCAUCUUUCAGCAGCAUUUAUUGUUGUGAAUUAAAUAAACACGCAGAAUGUUCAAGUUCAACGGUCAAGACAACAAAAAUGAAGGCUUCAAGUUAAAACACAUAAUUACUAUAUAACCACCUGCAUCCUGUCAAUAUUACAUCAGCAUGGUUGUGGGGUAUUUGCAGUUGCAGUCAUAAUCAUUUAAAGGGAACUUAUGUCCAGGCAGUUUGGGGAUUUUAAUGAUUUCAACAACUGUUACAGAAUGAUUGGUAAAUGUACUUCUUUGUCUUCUUCCAGACCGCGGUUCCCAGAAGGGCUGGGUAUCGGUACUUGUGAUCUUGGGACCCAAAUUUGCUCUAACUUUGUAUGCCACCAAUAUUUCUAAUAUACAGUAGUAGUAGUUGCAUGUAUAUUUUUGAUUCAGAAGCAGGGUUCAACGUUAAUGUUGGGAAAGUGGUUUCAGAAAUGUACUUGCCCAAAGUUCAUUUUUACUUGCCCCUAUACAAAUUGUGUUUUUUCUAUUAGCGAUAAUCAAAAUAACAACGAAGACCAAAGUUAAUUGUCAUUUUUAAUCUUCAUUUAAGUAAAUUAAUCUGGACUUUUGCCCACGUCCUCCAACGCCAAGCACCUAAACUGCUGUUUUCCAGGAUAAU